UAGAGUGAAGAUUUCCCUGUCCGAAGGUUCUCUCAGGCCAAGUGACCUGCUGGCCCGGUUCAAACUCACUGGGCCCAGAACCAAAACCCAUAUUUUGGCUGCAGAAAUCCUGGACAACACCGUGGAGCUGAUCCGAGAGAUGGUUUAUGCGCACACUAUGACCCAGCCCAACUUUACUGAGCUGCUGACUGCAGAGGACAUGGAAUCACUGCUACAGGCAUCUGGUUGCUCCUCUGAGCUGUUGCUUCCUCUGUGUGGGACAGGCUGUUUGUCUGAGCGCUACCGUACCAUCAAUGGAGAGUGCAACAACAGAAAGAACCCUUUGUGGGGAGCGGCCAACACUCCCUACACCCGCUGGCUCCCCCCAGAGUAUGAGGAUGGUCACACCACCCCCCGUGGCUGGGACCCUCUACACACCUAUAACAACUUCACUCUGCCCCCGGUACGCUCUGUGUCUCAGGUUGUACUCUACACUCACAAUGAAGACAUCUCCAUGGAUACAUCCUUGUCUCACCUGCUAGUAGAGUGGGGGCAGUGGCUGGACCAUGACCUGGCCCUGACCCCCCAGAGCCCCAGCACCACAUCCUUCAACACGGGGGCAGAUUGCACGCACACCUGCAGCAGGGACACGCCCUGCUUUCCCAUACAGAUCCCUGUCUCUGAUCCUCGUGCUGAUACUCAGAGCUGCAUGCCCUUCUUCCGUUCAGCCCCAAGCUGUAUUGUCAGGGCUUUACCAUGGCACCACAGGGAGCAGCUCAAUGCCAUCACUUCAUUUGUGGAUGCCAGCAUGGUGUAUGGAAGCUCUGCCUCCCUGUCCUUUGCUCUACGCAAUCACUCCUCCCCUCUUGGCCUGCUGGCCCAAAACCUGCAGUACUCAGAUGCCGGAAUGGCCCUCAUGCCCUUCUCAGCCCACCUGCCCCCACACAUUGAUCCCUGUGGGCCACGGCGAGGAAACCACUCCUCACACCCGAAAACUCCCAGUGAGCAGGCCAACAUUACCUUCUGUUUCCAGGCAGGGGACUCGCGGGCCAAUGAGCACUUGGGAAUGAUUGCACUGCACACUCUGUUUCUGCGGGAGCACAACCGAUUGGCCCAUGAGUUACACCACAUUAACCCACACUGGGGCCCAGAGGCGCUGUACCAAGAGGCCCGAAAGAUCUUGGGAGCCAUGCACCAGGUCCUGACAUGGGAGUGGUACCUGCCUCGAAUCCUGGGGGAGACCGGCUACUUCGACCUCUUCCCACCUUACAGGGGCUAUCAUCCUGAGGUGGACCCCAGUAUAGCCAAUGCCUUUUCGGCAGCAGCUUUCCGCUUUGCCCAUGUGACUGUGCAGCCCCAAGUUUCUCGUCUGGGCCCUGGCUACAGACCCAGCCCCCAGCACCCCACCCUGCCCCUUCAUCACUCCCUGUUUGCCUCCUGGAGGGUCGUGCAGGAAGGUGGCAUUGACCCAGUGCUGCGGGGCAUGCUGUUCUCCCCUGCCAAGCUGCAGAUGGCAGGUCAGAUGAUGGUGGAGGAGUUGACAGAGAGACUAUUCCAGGCACAGGGAGGUCUGCCGCUGGACCUAGGAGCACUUAACCUGCAGCGGGGUCGGGACCAUGGCCUUCCUGGUUAUAGUGCAUGGCGGCAGCUGUGUGGUCUCUCUGUCCCCGUCACUGUGGCAGAUUUAACAAGUGUGCUGGGAAACCACGCCCUCGCACGCCAGUUGUUGCAGCUUUAUGGGACCCCACAGAAUAUAGACCUGUGGGUGGGGGCCAUUUCAGAGCCACCCCUCCCUGGAGGGAGAGUGGGGGCCCUCCUAGGCUGUCUGAUUGCCAAACAGUUCCGUGCUCUUCGAGACGGGGACAGGUUCUGGUGGGAAAAGGACGGGGUGUUCAGUGAUGCCCAAAGAGCCCAGCUGCGCAAGGUGUCCCUGUCCCGCAUCAUUUGCGAUAACACUCACAUCACCCAUGUACCUGCUGACCCCUUCUCCCGCACCACCCAGGCAGCAUACAUGCUGCCCUGCACACAUCCACUCAUACCACACCUCAACCUCUCUGCCUGGAGAGAACGAGACACAGAUCCCAAGUGUGGAUCAGUCCCCAGACUGAAGUCUGGCUUUUCUCUGCUCUGUGGUUCCACUCUACUGUACAGCUGUCACCAUGGCUACCACCUCAAUGGCCCCUCCUCCAUCAAAUGUGACCACAUCAGCAAUCAGUGGAGCCCUGCUCCUCCCUCCUGCCAAGAUAUAAAUGAGUGUGCAAACAAGCCUUCCCCUUGUCCAGAAAAUAUGGAGUGUCUUAACACACCUGGCUCAUACAUCUGCACAGAGUCCCACCGCCCUGCUUCAGGAUUGGUGGGUUCAGUGGUGCCUGCAGCCAUGGCAGCAGUUGGGGGUGUGGCUAUGAUGGUGCUGAUGAUCAUAUGCUAUCAAAGAUUCAUCUGUAAGAGACCCAAGCCCAUUAUUGCUGGAUGUUGCCAAAGAAAAGGCCAAUGGGAAGGCAAGGAUCAUGCCCGCAAAGAAGGGACCACACAGUGA